AUGGCAGCCGAUAGUUCGUCAUCCCGUCAAUCAUCAGAUUCCAAACAAGAUGGAAGAUCAGCUCAAGACUCAGAUGUGAUCAAAAAAGAAGAUAAUAAAGCAUCAACACAUGAAGAAGGAAAGAUGUUCAUAGGAGGUCUUAAUUGGGAAACAACCGAUGAGAGCCUUAAAUCAUACUUUUCACAAUACGGUGAAGUAACGGAUUGUAUAGUUAUGAGAGAUCCAAAUACGGGGAGAUCUCGUGGUUUUGGUUUUCUUACAUUUGUAGAUCCUUCCGUUGUUAAUACCGUAUUAGUUAAGGAACAUCAAUUGGAUGGGAAAAUUAUCGAUCCAAAACGAGCGAUUCCGCGUGAAGAACAAGAAAAAACCGAAAAAAUCUUUGUAGGAGGUAUUGCGCCGGAAGUAUCUGAGGAAGAAUUUAAAGAAUAUUUUAUGCAAUUUGGAAAUGUUAUCGAUGCGACCCUUAUGGUCGAUCGUGAUACUGGUAGACCUCGUGGUUUUGGAUUUAUCACCUUUGAUUCAUCUGAACCAGUUGAGAAAGCUAUGGCUAGGAGUGACUUGGAAAUCCAAAACAAGCCGGGAAGUUACGGAUCAUCUUCUCCGGCAUCAGCUGCUGCUGCAAUGUCUGGUUUAUCAUCAUCGGCCAGUUCUGCUAGCAGUAGAUAUGGAUCUCCAUAUGGAAUGUCCGGCGUUGGGAAAGAUGGAAGUUCUGGAGGAUAUUCUGGUCUUGGUAGUUAUAAUCCCAGCUCGUAUACUGGCUACGGUGGAUAUAGUCAAUAUUCCAAUUAUAAUUAUCCAAGUUCCUAUCCUAGCGGGUAUGCUCCAUAUAAUGCUAUGAAUGCUGCUUAUUAUUCUUCAAGUAGAUAUGGUUAUAAUAGUCAAUAUGGUGGUAGUAGUAGUAGUUAUGGAGGUUCUGGAAGUCGUGGAGGAUCCUACAGCCAAUGGUAUGGAAGAGAAGGUGGUUAUGGAUCAGGUGGUCCAUCAUCCGGAAGUGGUUCAGCAAUGGGUGGUCCAAGUUCCAGCAGCCGAUUAAGUGGUGGAUAUCGACAUUCUCCUGGUCGAGAUGAAGUUCUCGUAGUGGUGGACCUGCUCGUUCUUACUCCAGCUCAAUGA